AUGCAUAUUGAGAAGAAUUUUUUUGAUAACGUAUUUAACACAGUGAUGGAUGUUAAAGACAGAACAAAAGAUAAUGUGAAGGCUAGACAAGACAUGGAAAUUUUGUGUAAUCGUAAAGAGUUGGAAUUGAAGCCUCAACUAAAUGGAAAAUUAUUUAAACCCAAAGCUUAUUUCAGUCUGACCCCCAAAGAAGCUAAAGCGGUUUAUGGAUGGCUAAAAGGUUUGAGAAUUCCCGAUGGGCAUUCUUCAAAUUUAGCAAGGUGUGUCGAUGCUAACACUGGGAAGUUGCAUGGUAUGUGUUGUACCCCAAAUUUUGACCUAAGAUACCAUCUCCCAUCUACAUCAUUACAUUGCAAGUGUUUUGACCUAUCUUUAUCAAUUUUCAAAGCAGUUUUUUAA